CCUUCGGUUUAACCUAGUUAAACUUCGAAUCUAGUCAAGUGAAUAUAUUUCUUUAAAACAUGGCUAAGAUUGUAACCGCGAAAAUUGGCCCAUCUAUCUUAAAUGCGGAUUUGGCGAAUUUAUACUCCGAAUCUCAACGUUUGUUGGAUAGCGGUGCGGAUUAUCUGCAUCUGGAUGUAAUGGAUGGUCAUUUUGUUCCUAACCUCACAUUUGGUCAUCCGUUGGUUAAAUGUUUACGAAAUAAAAUAAAAAACGCAUUCUUUGAGACCCAUAUGAUGGUUUCAGAACCCGAAAAGUGGAUUUUACCAAUGUCAGAUGCCGGUGUAGAUCAAUACACUUUUCACGUUGAACCUGUUAUUGACGUACCCUCAGUUUGUAGAAAAGUUAAAGAGGCAGGAAUGAAGGUGGGGGUAGCUCUGAAACCUGGAACUCCAGCAGACAUUGUGAUCGAUUACAUAGACCUGGCAGAUAUGGUCCUUAUCAUGACUGUCGAGCCUGGUUUUGGUGGUCAAAAAUUUAUGGAACCGAUGAUGAAUAAAGUUCGAUGGCUCCGAAAAAAUUAUCCCACUUUGGACAUUGAAGUGGAUGGAGGAGUUGGGCUAAACACCAUACACUCCUGUGCAGAGGCUGGUGCUAAUAUGAUAGUUUCUGGGACUGCAGUGACAGGUGCUGAAAAUCCUACCAAAGUGAUGGCAUCUUUGAAGGAAACAGUAACCGCUGUGUUGGACAAGCGUUAGAAAAAAAUUGGCAAAUACCCGUGAUCG